AUGUCGAGGAAUAAUCAAAAGUUACCGAAUAAACCAUUGUCUGUAUUAAACAUUAAUGCUCGGAGCCUUGUCCCUAAAUUUACAGAGUUCUCGUGCAUUGCAGCUUCUUAUUCACCGCACGUGAUGUGUGUUACGGAAACCUGGUUACACGAUGGCCUUCUUGAUUGCGAAUUUACACCUCCUAAUUACAACGUGGUACGAUGCGAUAGGUCUUCUAGAGGUGGUGGUGUCGCGCUUUUUUUUAAAUCUGGUAUUAGCUUUUCGGUUCUUCCCUGUUUACCUAACACAGAGUCUUUAUGGUGUAAGGUGCAGCUUGAUAAGUUCGUUCUUGUUAUCGGAGCGGUUUAUCGCGCUCCUAGUUCGGGCCUGCAAACGAUCUUUCAUAUAUAUGACUACAUUCACAAAUACAAUCUGGCGAAUUUCAAGCUUAUCUUGCUGGGCGAUUUUAAUGCACCCGAUAUAAACUGGGAAACGCUAGUGGUUGGCUGUCGCGACAGGGCCAUUUGUGAUGCUCUAGUAGAUAUAGCUGUGUCAUUCGACCUAGAUCAGGUUGUCAAAACGUGCACCAGAGAUAAUUCUGUUCUUGAUCUUGUUUUUCUAACCCAUAGUAUCGCAAACCUAGGUUAUGACUGCGAGGUGGUCGAGGGAAUUUCUGAUCACAAAGCUGUCCUUGUCAGCCUUAACAUUCGUGUCAAGCAUUCGAACCCUGAAUUCGUCACGUUCCUUGAUUUCAACAGAGCUGACGAUGUGUCAAUUAUUGAUGAACUUAGUUUUUAUUUUGAUGAUUUUUGUGCCAUAAGUCUAGACGCUGAUGUCAAUACGUUGCUUAGAUAUUUCAACUCCCUUAUAGAAAAAUGCAUCAACAAAUUUGUACCUGUUACUAGAAAGAAAAAGAACCCUGGGCACCCCUGGAUUACGAGAGAGGUGCUGCAGUUGAUGCGGCAAACGAAGAGGAGACGUCGUUCAACGAAAGAUAACACAGAAUCAGUUGUUCAUACCUCGUUUGAAUAUCUGAAAACAACCUUGAAAGAAAAGAUGUUAACAGCUAAAACCAAAUAUUUUAAUGUGAAUCUGUAA